UCUACCUCUGUCCCCAGGAAAAUGGCCGUGCUUGGGGAUGAAGGCUGCGGCAAGACCAGCUUCCUGGCAUUUGCUGGAGUCGGCCGUGUGGCGGACCCGCCCAAGCAAUAUUGCAAUGUUAUAGACUACGUAGUAAACGGCAAGAAGGUGUCGUUUACAGUAUUCGAUGGCGAUUUUGACGAAGAUUUCCCAAACUUACGACUGCUAGAGUGUUCCCUGGCCGAUGUACUACUAAUAUGUUUCUCGAUUGACUGUCCUAAUUUCCUUACAAAUAUUAAAAGCAGGUGCGGUAGAUACGCAGCCCGCUUAAAGGACGGUGUCCCUAUUAUCCUUGUUGGUCUCAAGGCCGAUCUUCGAAAAGAUGAUACCUCUGAGGCGAAAUUGAGCCAGCAAGCUCAAAUGCUCGUCCAGUUUAAUGAUGGAUUAGCGGCCGCACAUGAAAUUGGGGCCAAGAGCUACCUAGAAUGCUCCAGCGUAACCGGCCAGGGCGUGAGAGAGGUGUUGGAGACUGCCGCAAUUUUGUCACUGGAGAAGAGGAAAACGCAUAGUUGUUUUAUAUUAUAA